CCUUCUACGAUGCCUGACGCGGUGGCAACAAUGGAAGCGGCACAUUGGAGGUCUCUCGUUGGCCUGAUAUCGAUCUUCAUAAUGAUCUGGACAAUCGGUGGUGGCAGUGGCACGGGGAUGAGUCAAGUGGAAUGCUUAUAGCCCGCCUCACAACCGCAUAUAAACGAGAAGGCCCAAGCAGAGGAUUACAGCAACCUUCAUCUCUCACCGAACCCCAGUUACCCACCCUCAGGCUUUCGCACCUUGAGUAUGCCCAAGGCGACUACGAGCAAGCAGACUGCUGCUUCCGGCAGCCAAUCUCGGUCUGGCAAGCCGCUUUCUCUUUCGCCGUACGGUGACAAGGACUUUCGCUCUACGAAAGUAUCCUACCAAGACGCGGACUUCACAUUCCAUCACGGCCGGUACUACUACGACACCUUUUUCUCGAACUGUGCCACCGCCGCGCAUCUAUUGGUGCUGGUGCGGGAAGCGCCUCGGCGCUCCGACCUCACGAAAAUAUACGGCAUCGACCUGUCGGAUGUUCUCCCCAUCGGAGAGGACGCUGCGCUCGCCAACAUCAUUCGAAAAGCCCUCGCUCGCCCUAUUACUGCUUAUCGUCUUCGCGAGCUCAUUCUCCGUGGCAACAACAGCGCUCCGGACUCUCGUAUCGAUCUUGCGAACGCGCUGCGCGGAGUCAAGAUGCCCGACCUUGAGGCUAUCAAGAUCCUCCGCAAAGGAUACUCGUGCCGAUACUUCGAGGAGGCUGGCUUCGACCUGCUUACGGAGUGUGGAGAGUCUGGCAAACUGAAGCACGUCUCUCUGCAGUGGCACUGUACUUACGGCGCAGGCUUUACGAAGUGGCUGGAAUCAGACGCAACGGCGAAGCUGAUCACCCUGCGCCUUCAGACUAACGCGGACGUGCGAACCAGGAUCACCGACGCGCUCGUGCGCGGCCACCGUUUCCCCCAGCUUCGUCGGCUGAGCCUGGUCAAUAUUCGCGGGCUUACGCCCCAGCGGCUCCUUGAUACUCUUCAGACGCGCGACGCGCGCAUGGACAAGCGACGCCGCCUUGACGUUGAUAUCACUGCCGAGGUAUCUAAGGAAGUCAAGAUUGCAGGACAUAAGAUUCACGUCUACUUUCACUCUGUUGACGAGACGCUCCUGGAGAACGCCAAGGACCACUAAAGAAGCUCAAGACUAGCAAUAUGCCAGCUUUUGUAUGGCCUCCCGCAGCGCCUGAUUGACGCACGUACCCUCUAUGUAGCUCAAAUCUUCCGAACACGACAUAUGAUUGAG